AUGACCGAACGAAUUGGCCACCACCCAACCAACUUCUGGGCAUACGAUGCCGAGACAGGGCUUGUUGAUUUGUCGCGGGGGGCGCAGGGCACUCAGCUCAGCAUCCAAACAACAACGAAUCCGAUCCGACUCAACCCAGACACGAGUGUGAUGGUCAUUGUCGACAUGCAGAAUUUCUUCUUGUCGCCUGCUGUUCGGCCCAGGGCUUCAGAACAAAACCCGACACCUGCAGAGUCAGCUGCGCAAGCACUGCUUGGCGGUGGAAUCCAAGCCGCGCGCAGGCAUGGCAUUCGUAUUGUCUGGCUGAAUUGGGGGCUAACGGAGGAGGACCUGAGGAAUGCGCCGCCGGGAAUGAUGCGCACCUUUGGACCGUAUGAUUCGUCUCGGCAUGAUAUGAGCCACGCAGUGCCUUCGCAGGAUGGCAUGAUUCGUGUCAAGAAUCGGGAGUUGUACAAAGGUCUCGGUGUGGAAAUUGGGUCCGUGGAUCUCGGAGGUGGUCAGAAAGUAGAAGGUGGCAGAGUGCUGAUGCGAUACUCGUGGAAUACGGCGUUGUAUGGGCCCCUGGAACAAGAAUUUCGCGCGAAUAACCCCGAUCAUUCGUCUUCAGCCUCCUCGAAGCCCGAUAUUCUCAUCCACAAGAAUCGCACGUCGGGCCUCUGUCUCCCAAAUUCAGAUUUGGAAAAUUUUCUGAAGGGAAAUGGAAUCACAACUUUGCUCUUUGCGGGCGUGAAUACUGACCAAUGUGUGGGUAGUACUCUGAUGGACGCUGCCAGCAAGGGAUAUGAUUGCAUCCUGCUUCGCGAUGCAUCUGCGACGACGACACCCUUCAGCGCAAGCGAGACUUGGGAAUGGAAUGUCGCGAAUUGCUGGGGGUGGGUAACAACAUGCGAUGCUCUCAAGGAUGGUAAAUUCAACUAA